CGAGCGAGUGCAAACACGCACGGGUUCUUGUUUAUCUCGCGUGAAAUCCCCAAUGGCCACAUACAACAAUCCCCACUGGCUUCUGUGUCACAUCAGGAACUCCUUCAUCUCCACGGAUGACACGGGCAUGUGCGAGGCGGUGAUGGUGAGCGAGGACCUGCCCAGCCAGUACGCCCAGGUGCACUCGAGGCGCCCGGAAGCGGGGCAGAACGGGCUGGAGGAGGGCCAGGACUUCGUGUGCUACCCGGGCCUGGACCAGAGCGACGACGAGGACGGGGACCUGCUGUCGCAGUCGUACGACAUUCACGCCGACACGGACAUCGGGCUGCACUGGCAGCGCACCAACACAGCCCAGAAUCUCGAGCGGAUGGAGCUGGCGCGCCGCAAGGCGUCCAAGAUCCGCCACGUGAAGUGCGACGACGGCCUGGUGAGCCUCUCGGACGCCGACCGCGAGGCGCUGUUCGUGCGGCGGGACGUGCAGCCGGCGCGGCCCGUGGCGUCGCUGCUCAGCGCCAAGCUGCUGCACUGCCCCAAGCAGACUCAGAACAAAUUCCUCGAAUACGCGCGAUUCGACGGCACUGCCCAGACGGGGGUGUCCACGCGCACCCUCAAGAUUUUCCUCAUGAUGCUGCCGGAGAAACAGCGCAAUUACCCAAUCCAGGUCUGCGUGCUGUCCACUGCCAAGAUCCACGAGUUCAUCGGCCUGAUCUGCUACAAGUGCUCCAUCGCCAACCCGGACGUGGCGCUCAAGUCCGUGCGCAACUACGGGCUGUACAUCACGGAGGAGGACGGCGAGGUGGACUCGGACUUCCCGCCGCUGGACGGCCGCGAGCCCUGCUCCAAGUUCUGCUUCAGCCACCUGGCGCUGAUCGAGCGGCGCGCCGCGCGCGCGGAGCAGCGCACCAUGUCCGUGACGUCGGAGGUGGACGCCGCCGGCGCGCCGCCCGAGGAGCCUAAGGCGACCAGCGCGCAGCAGAGCGAGGACAUGGCUCGCAUGCUGGGCCACACCACGAUGAUGGAGGCGCCCAUGUACCGCUCCUACCGGCUGCACAUGCUGCAGGUGCCCUUCUUCCGCACCGAGAUCCAGCUGGGCAUCAGUGGCGAGAAGGUGGAGAUCGAUCCGGUGCAGCAGAAGAACACCAAGUUCUGGACGAAGCAGCGCGCCAUCAGCCACGCCAUGAACAGCGUGGCGCUGUGCGAGAUCGUGGAGCGCAAGCCCUAUCGCGCGAUCUUCCGCAUCGUGUACCGCGUGCCGCGGCCGGGCGCCGACGAGGCGCCGCUGUCCUUCAGCGAGUUCGGCGCUGCGGCGUCGCCGGGCGGCGGCGCGUCCACCUUCAAGCACUACAACUUCGAGACGGACCCCGACACGGCGCAGGAGAUCGUGGAGAAGAUCCGCAACAUCCUGGAGGUGCGCAGCAGUGCCACGCGGCGUGAGUUCCUCAGCUUCCGCGAGCGGCGGCGCGGCGGCCACGGCAAGAAGUCCUUCUCACUCAUUUAACCCAUCAGCGCAACAGACUUCCGCACACAGCCAACCCAACCAGAAAGUGUUCCCGGAGAGUGACUCGCUCCUUUACGUUCUUACCUGCAAUUUCUCAACCACCAGCAAAACAGCUCUUUUAGUUUUUUUUUUACCUUAAGUCCAUCCCUAGGACGGAGUUUUUUUACACGACUGUACGAGACGUUGAAUGAGUUCCCUUUGCCCUUUCGUAUGUUGACGCGUUAAUCUUGAUUGUGAUAUAUGAAAGUGAAAUCUUUACUACUUGUGUAAAUAUGUUGCAGAGUGAAUAAAAUGAACU